CCCCCGCUGAGAGGACAGCACGGGGGCCCCUCGGCCGCGGGAGAAGAAGCGCGGAGGCAGAAGAAGCCGCCGCCCCCGGCCGGGUCCCUCCCGCGCGGUCUUUCUGGGCUGGGCCCGGGCGGAGAGCGGAGGGCGGCGGCUUGGAGCCCUCUGGCUCGGGAGCCUGGUUUUUGCUGGAGCAGGACCGGGGACCGGGACGUGAUCGUGGGAGGCCGUGACGGGCACAGAAGGAAAGAGGCGCUGCGAGAAACUCGGCGGCGAGACUCUACACAUUAGAAAUGUCCUCAGAUGUUCCAAGACAAGUUGGAGUGUGGCGCCAAACUCGAGCUCUUUUGUACAAGAACUGCCUAGUGAAAUGGAGGACUAAAAAGACUAGCAUUCAGGAGAUCCUGAUUCCAAUUACCUUGUUAUGCUUACUGAUACUCAUAAGCAUGAUACAGCCAAACAAAAGACAUGACGAGGUGCCUGAUUCCAAUCUUGAUUCUGCAAAUCAUUCCAAUAUGUUUAUUAUUGGCUACACAGCAGAGAAUGAUACAACAAGAAAAAUCAUGCGCAAAAUAUUUUCAGAAUACUGCAAAGAAGGAAAUAUAAAAGAAUUUGCAAGUGAACAGGAAAUGGAAGAGGCUAGUCAUCUGAACCCAAAGAACUUUGUAGGUGUAAUCUUUAUGGAUCCCAUGUCUUACCAUCUCCGAUUUCCUCCUACACUCAUUCCACAGUCUUCAGUUAUUGUGGAAUCUAAAAGCAGUUGUUCAAACCCUUACAAAAUAUGUGAAGCUGAAACAUAUUGGCGCUAUGGAUUUUCAGCACUACAGAUCUGCAUUGAUGCAGCAAUUAUACAGUUGAAGACGAAUCACUCUGUUUGGCAAAACCUGGAAUCUACAAAAGCUAUCAUGAUGGGAAUGUCUGCUGUUGUGGAAGUAGAUGAUUUUGUUCGUGCGGUCAUUUUAAUCUACCUUGUGAUUGCCUUUUCACCUUUUGGCUACUUCUUGACAGUUCAUAUUGUGACUGAGAAAGAGAAGAAACUGAAAGAAUUCUUAAUGGUCAUGGGACUUCAAGACACAGCUUUUUGGCUUUCUUGGGUCUUGCUGUAUUCCAGUCUGAUCUUUGUCAUGUCCCUUCUCAUGUCAGUCAUUGCAACUUUCUCUUCACUGUUCCCUCAAAGUAGCAGCUUUAUGAUAUUUCUUCUUUUCUUCCUCUAUGGCAUAUCCUCUGUUUCCUUUGCAUUCAUGCUAACUUCAAUUUUCAAGAAAUCAUCCUAUGCUGGCUCAGCUCAGUAUUUUACAACUGUGGCUUUUGGUGCUGUUGGUCUGACCAUUGUCCUAGUAGAAGAUUUUCCAAAGUCCUUUGUGUGGUCACUCAGUCCUCUCUGCGAGUGCACGUUUUUAGUUGGAGUGGCACAGGUGAUGCAUCUGGAAGAUUAUGAAGAAGGAGCUACUUUUUCAAAUUUAACCCAUGGCCCUUAUCCACUGAUUAUUGCUUUUACAUUAUUGGCUCUGGAUAGCAUGCUUUACCUAUUCCUGGGGAUUUAUUUGGAUCAGGUGAUUCCAGGGGAAUAUGGGUUGCGGCGGAGUUUUUUCUACUUUUUGAAACCUUCUUUUUGGGUAAAACGAACAAGAAAUUACAAGCAAUUGUGUGAGAGCAGCGUCUUUGGGAGCCUAGAUUUCAAUGAGUUCAUUGAACCUGUGUCCUCUGAAUUUCAGGGAAAGGAAGCAAUCAGAAUCAACAAUGUCCAAAAAUCUUUUGUGAAAAAGGGUGAAACUGUGGAAGCUCUGAAAAGUUUAUCUUUCAAUAUAUACGAGGGUCAGAUCACAGCGUUACUUGGACACAGUGGAACAGGGAAAACAACGCUGAUGAAUAUUCUUUGUGGAUUGUGCCCCCCUUCGGAUGGUUUUGCAUCAAUAUAUGGAUCUAAAGUUUCUGAAAUAGAUGAAAUGCUUGAUAUCAGACAGAUGAUAGGAGUUUGUCAGCAAUUGGAUAUAUAUUUUGAUGUAUUAACAGUGCAAGAGAAUUUAUCAGUAGUUGCCUCAAUUAAAGGCAUACCACCCAAUGAUAUGAUACAAGAGGUUCAGAAAGUCUUAUUAGAUUUGGACAUGCAGCCUAUUAAAGAUAACCAAGCUAAAAAACUCAGUGGAGGACAGAAAAGAAAAUUGUCGGUUGGAUUUGCAGUUCUCGGGGAUCCAAAGGUCUUACUGUUAGAUGAACCCACUGCUGGAAUGGAUCCAUGUUCUCGACAUACAGUUUGGAACCUCCUGAAAAACAGAAAGGCCAACCGAGUGACCGUUUUCAGUACCCAUUUCAUGGAUGAAGCUGACAUCAUUGCAGAUCGGAAAGCUGUGAUUUCCCAGGGAAUGCUGAAAUGUCUUGGCUCUUCUCUCUUCCUUAAGACAAAAUGGGGAAUUGGCUACCGCUUGAGCAUGCAAAUAGACCAAUACUGUAACAGAGAAGGUACAUCAUCUUUGAUCUGGCAACAUAUCCCUGGUGCCAGCCUGUUAAAGCAGAGUGAAGAGCAACUUGUGUAUGCUUUACCAUUUAAAGACAUGGACAAGUUUUCAGCCCUGUUUGCUGAUCUAGAUGUUAAUUCCCAUUUGGGUGUUAUUUCGUAUGGUGUUUCCAUGACAACCUUGGAAGAUGUGUUCCUCAAGCUGGAAGUUGAGGCCGAAAUUGGUCAAGCAGAUUUUGGUGUUUUUAAUCCACAACAAAUGGAAGCGGAAGCAGAUGUGAAAUCUAUUGAUGGGUUAGAGCAAAAUCUAUUAAUGCUCUCUGAGACCAAAUCUUGCACAUUGAGCAGUAUGGCUCUUUGGAAAAAGCAGGUCUUUACUAUGGCAAAGUUUCAUUUUCGUAAUGUCAAACGUGACAUUAAAUCAAUGACAGAAAUAUUCUUGCUCUUCACGGUGUUUCUGGGUGUUGAGAUUUUUAUGUUUCAUAUGUAUCGGGACUAUUUCAAAAAUGCUAUAGUUCCUGUUAAACUCUCUCCGGAUUUAUACUUUCUGAAGCCAAAUGAAACUGAGCACAAAUAUAAAACCAGUCUCCUUAUUCAAAAUAUCACUGGUGUUGAUGAGAUCAUCAACUCUCUUAGGAGUCAGAAUAUACUGACAGAAAUGUUCAACAGCAGUGAUUAUGUAUCAGCUGCCCCCCACAGUGGAGCAUUAAAUGUGUCCCGUGCAGAUAAGGAUUAUAUCUUCACACCUGCUUUCAAUCGGACCAUGGUACAUUCCUUGCCUGUAAUGAUGAAUAUUAUUAGUAACCUGUAUCUGCACAGUUUAAAUGUAACAGAAAACAUUCAAGUCUGGAGUAGCUCUUUCUUUCAAAGAAUUACUGACAGAGGUUUUAUGACGGUGCUGGUUGUCCAAGGUUUGACGUUAGGAGUCACUAUAACUGGGAUGCCAUCGUAUUUUACCAUGGAGAAUGCAGAAAAUCACAGGAUCAAAGCCUACACUCAGCUCAAGAUAUCUGGUCUUUAUCCCUCUGCUUACUGGUGUGGACAAGCACUAGUUGACAUUCCUUUAUAUUGUGUUGUUCUCCUUCUGAUGACAGGAAUCUUGUUCACAGUUCACCAGGAAAUUCAUUUUCUUCCUGAAGAGUUUCUUGCUGUGGUUUUUUGCCUUAUUGGCUACAUACCGUCAGUAAUUCUGUUCCACUAUGUUGUCUCCUUCACCUUCAAAACCAUACAAAACACUAAAGAAUUUUGGUCAUUUGUUUUUUCCACCGUAGCAUUGAUCUGCAUCAUUGUGAUGGAUGUAGCUUUUACGCAAUGGUAUGCAAUAGCUGUUAUGCUUCAUACUUGCUUUUGUGUCUUCAUUCCAAUCUAUCCUCUUAUUGGGUGUCUGAAUACUCUUCUAGAGGUAACCCGGAAGCUUGGUCAAAAGAUAGAAAGAAAAGCUGAAAUACUGUUGGUGUCAGCAUUGGUGCCUUAUUUGCAAUGUGUGAUUUGGCUUUUCCUUCUGCGCUAUCUUGAAGUGAAAUGUGGAGGCAAACUGAUGAGAAAAGACCCAUUUUUCAGAACUGCCACGAAGGUCAAGUGCUGGAAAUUUACAGAUGGGCCACAGGAUGAGGACGAGGAUGAGGAUGAAGAUGUUAUGGCUGAGAGGUUAAGAGUUAAAGAGAUGACUAGUUGCCAGAGUGGUGAGGAGAAACCAGCAAUUUUAAUCAGCAAAUUGCACAAAAUGUAUGAUGAAAAAACAGAUUCUCUUCUUGGAAGAAAAAUAAAGAAAGUGGCAACUAACGAUGUCUCGAUUUGUGUGAAAAAAGGUGAAAUACUGGGAAUCUUAGGCCCAAAUGGAGCUGGGAAGAGCACACUAAUUAAUAUUUUGGUGGGAGAGGUUGAACCAACUUCAGGCCAGGUGCUGAUGGAAGAUAAUCUUUUAGGAGAGAAUAAUGAGAAUAAUUCCAUGAGAUUUAUGGGCUACUGUCCACAGACAAACCCACUUUGGCCCCAUAUUACAAUGCAGGAGCAUUUUGAAAUUUAUGGUGCUGUCAAAGGAAUGAGUUCCAGUGACAUUAUGGAAAUCAUAAAAUGCAUUUCAAUUGCACUUGACCUUAAGGAAGAUCUACAGAAAACUGUCAAGAAACUUGGAGUGGGAAUCAAACGAAAGUUAUGUUUUGCUCUAAGUAUGCUUGGAAACCCACAUGUCACUCUGCUAGAUGAACCAUCUGCUGGUAUGGAUCCUAUAGCUAUACAACAGAUGUGGAAAGCAAUUCGAGCAGCCUUUAAAAGUAAUCAGCGAGCAGCUAUUCUGACAACUCAUUAUAUGGCAGAAGCAGAAGCUGUGUGUGAUCGGGUGGCGAUCUUGGUGUCUGGAAAGUUAAGGUCUAUUGGAACAGUUCAACAUCUCAAGACUAAGUUCGGCAGAGGAUAUUUCUUAGAAAUGAAAUUAAAAGAAGUGCCGGAUAUACUGCAGAAAGAGCGCCUGCAAAGGAAGAUUUUGCGCAUCUUUCCAAAUGCAAGUUGUCAGAAAAGUUUCGCCUCGAUUCUGGCAUAUAGAAUUCCAAAGGAAGAUGUCCAGUCACUCGCACUAUCUUUUUCUAGACUGGAGGAAGCAAAACAUGCCUUUAAUAUUGAAGAAUACAACUUCUCCCAGGCAACACUGGAACAGGUAUUUAUGGAACUUGUCAAGGAGCAAGAGGAGGAUGACAGCAAUUUUGGAACACUCAAUGGGACCAUUAGUUGGGAAAGAUCCCAGGGCGAGCGUGUUGUUUUCUAGUCUGCUUCACCCUGUAUAGAACUGAAGGGCAUUCAUGCUCAGGGAUUUCUAAGAGGCUGCUGUUGUUGUUUUAGCAUGUGCCACAAGCACUAUCAAUUUUCAGCAUAUUCCUCAGCAAUUAAGAAUUUUCACCUUCUUUGCCUUAUUGAUACUAUAAAUAUCUUUAAAUGCCUUUAUUUUGAAUAUUCCUGAUCUAUGACUUUCUCUUUUUAUGAAAAAUCUAAUAUAUUUCUCUUUCUGGUUUGCUUUGUAAUGACGGUUGAAAGAGGGUACUCUGAAGCUUAGGAACAAUUUAUGCUUUCCUCUUCCAUAAGCAUUCAUACUGAAUUUUAUGAGGCAUCUAGCAUAUGACAUGCACAGUAUCAGUGCACAACAUAAGUAGGUGAUCCCAUGAAUAGAAAAGAAAGAGGUGAUUUUGGUCAAUCAUGCCCCCUACCCCAUUGUCCCUGCCAAUCUGUUCUGGAGGACAAUAUUCUCUAGAACAACAUAUUUGGCAGCAUGGGGAAUUGUAGAGAAAGCAACAAAGCUCUCUUUCUCUCCUACCCAUGGAGAGUUUCCCUGCUAAUGGAAGAAGAGCCUUCACUGGUUUCAUCUUGCAUCCUCUAACAGAAGAAGCCCUUGUAUUUCCAGAUUGGUGGAUCUGGAUCCGACCCAGUAUUUUAAAAUGGCAAUACAGUAACUGUUUUUCUGGUACCUGUUCUAUUCUAUGAAGUUUUAUUUUAAGAAUUCUAAGAAUCACAAUUUAAGGAAGAACAUUUUGUGGCAUUAGCAGACUAAAGUAAAGCAGCAUUUUUGGUUUAUUCAUUUUUGCGGAGAAUGUUUUGUUAAAUAACUUUUAUGCAACAUCAGCAGUUCCAUUUAAGUUUUGUGACCGUUUUCUUCUAUAAAUAUUUGUACUGUAUAUUCCACCAGUGUGGAAAGGGUGUCAGAUUACGACUCUGGAGAUCUUGUUCAAAUCCCCACUUGGCCAUGGAAGCUCUUGCGAUCAGGGACUGAGUGAUAAAUCACUCCUUGAACAUCUUACAUACCUCGAAAACUAUAGGAGGGUCACCAUGAAUCAAGAGUGACUGGUCGAUGCAGUAUAAUAACAAAGCUAGGCCCUAGUAUAUCAACUUGUAAUAAGCAGAUAACUGAAAUACCUAGGCUUAAAUGUGUGUGCUUUGUUUUUUUAAAAAUUGACUUAAAAUUAAUGAAAGUUAAGUAGGAGGUUUCUUGAUAAUGCUCUUUACAUUCAGUUUGGAACUUUCUUUUUUUCAUGAAGCAUGCACUGUUUGGGUAGGGGUCCAUGUUAAAGUGCUUGUCAUGUGUUCCCCUUUGCCUGUUGGGAUAUAUAGAUGAACAUAUGUUACAUGACAUAUAAUAUUUCAAGUCAGCAUUCCACUAGCUUAUAAGGAAUUUUAUAUAUGUAUUGUCAUAUUUUUAUGUAAUCAAUUUAGUAUUAGAAUGUAAAAAGAAAGUAGAGCUCACAUUUAUCACAUUCCUGUUAGAAACCCAACCCAAGUAAAAACAAUCCAUUAUAUUUGCAUUUGUGAAAUUAAAUCUGUUCUAACCAUUAGCCGGGCCUUACUGCAUGGCAACUGAAUGUCGGACUACAGCAGAGUUGCAUUUGUUUUAUCAUAUAGUAUUCUGGAAACAUUAUUUAUUGCUCAUUUCCAGAUGCUAAUGGCAUAUGCUGCUUGGCAUUCUCUGACAUUAAGAAUCUCUGUAAACAAAUGUAACUGUCAUAUGCAACAUUCCCUCUAAGCUGCACAGCUAUGCAGCAUUGCAGCAGGAGUGGGUAAAUUCUGUGUCAGGCAUGAGCACCCAUAGCUAGUGUUUCUGCCCUUUUGGUUCUGGCCGUGAGUGCAGAGCUGUGUGCAGGGGUGAAACUGCACACAGAGAGAGCGGAGCCCCACCCAGUGGGACUGAAAAAUAAAGAGAAUGUUGAUCAUAUGGAAGAAUUUGGUGUGCCUGGAACAAAGACGGAAAAGCUCUUUUUGAUAUGUUCAACCCUGCUGGAAGAAAUGUUAGAUGAAACUAUUCCUCAUAUUUGAACAUUGGCAUAUUGGGAAUCUCCUUUAAAAUUCCAGAGUGUAUGGGAAUGUUGUCUGUUUUCUUUUCAUUUUAUUAGAAUAUCUUUAGCCUGGCUACCUGUUACAGAAUACAUGUCCAUGUGUGCCUGGCCAGCUAGUUCUAACUAAGUGGAAAGUUAGCUUUUCUUUUCUUGCCCUAUGCCAUUUUUUGAUAUUUUUUUAAAAAGUCAGAUCUGUUUAUGAAGAAAGAUACCGAUCUGGCUAAACUAGACCUAGGCAACACAGUAAAAUAAUGAUCAAAAUAAAAUAAUGAUCAAAAUAAAUGAUUUUGUUUUAUGAGGCAAUAAUAACGUAUAUUUAAUUUGCUUUAAGUGACCAACUUAACCUCAUGACGUGAUGGACACAUUUUUUUUACCAACUUCCUGCUUUUCAAAAGCCACAAAGCCCUUUAUACUGGUAUUGUUUGGAAGUUGUUAAGGAAUGAAUUACUCUGGAUAGAUUAUCCCCCUGCCCCCGCAGCGUUGAACAAUGGUGGCAAACUGUUCCAAAGUAGUAAACAUAAUUUUGACCACUUCUGCCGCCUAAUUAUCACAAAUUAGUUCAGAAUCCAAGAGGACAGCAAAAGUUUGGCUUGGUAUCUUUUUUAAAAACUACAUUUUGUACAACAGCCUGUCAGUCUGUUUCUGGGUCAUGUGAAUUUAAAAUCAGCACAACUUUCAUCUAGUCUGAAUUAAGACAAAUGAGACAAGCACAUUAGGAACUAGUCCAACUACUGUAGUAUGAUCUUGAAGCAGGAGGUGAUAAAAAGUAAUGUUCAAAAUUGGAAGCAACCAAUAGUUUAGAAACUUGUUCUGUUUAAAAAAGGCAACACACACUAGUUGUGUUUCGAGGCUAUAUUAUUUACAAUUGACAUACAGGCAUUGAAAGAGGAACCAUCACUAGUAGAAUGCGUAGGGUGUCAGGAAAGGGCAGUACUCGGGAGUUGUAUAACUUGCUGUCUAUUGUUGCUAUUCUUGUGGUGUUUUUACCAUCGAGAUAGGAAUGGUGUUUGUGGGGUUGCCUGUUUUGGGGUUGAAAAUAUAUAUCUUGAAUGGCCUUGGAUGCAACCCACCUUGAACUGCAGAUGGAAAGAUGGUGCUAUUUACUGUUCUGUAUCAGGCAGCAACAUGUCAUGAUCCUGGGUAGCAUUAUAUAUAUACUCUACUAUAUAUAUAGUAGAGAAAUGGUGAAGAUCUCUGAACGUCUGUAAUUGCUAGCCAUUUUUAACUGUAUGGUCAGGAGAUUAUAAGAAGGCAAGACAAUAAAAAAUCCUCCCUCA